GCCGGUCCGCGCCGGGUAAGCGGGCCGUGUCCUCCGGCGAUUGCUGAGUGGGGCUGGAGGCGGGGCCGGGCCGUGGCGCGGGGCCGCCGUGCUCCGGGCUCCCGGGCGCUUCUCAGCGCUCUGCGCCCACAGGUAAGAACCCGAGGCAAGAGUCAGGGAAACUGAAGAGAAAUUGGAUGUUCCUGUUGGCUCCAUAAAUACCUAUGGAUUAUGGCAGGAAAAGUGAAGUGGGUCACUGACAUCGAGAAGUCGGUGCUGAUAAAUAACUUUGAGAAGAGAGGAUGGGUCCAAGUGACAGAAAACGAGGACUGGAAUUUCUACUGGAUGAGCGUGCAGACCAUCCGCAAUGUUUUUAGUGUCGAAACUGGCUACCGGCUCUCGGAUGAUCAAAUAGUCAACCAUUUCCCGAACCACUAUGAGCUGACGCGGAAGGACCUGAUGGUGAAAAACAUCAAGAGAUACAGGAAGGAGCUGGAGAAGGAAGGGAGCCCGCUGGCGGAGAAGGACGAAAGCGGGAAGUACCUCUACCUGGACUUUGUCCCCGUCACCUACAUGCUGCCCGCCGACUACAACCUGUUUGUGGAGGAGUUCCGGAAAAGCCCCUCGAGUACGUGGAUUAUGAAACCCUGUGGCAAAGCCCAGGGAAAGGGCAUCUUCCUGAUCAACAAGCUCUCGCAGAUCAAAAAGUGGUCCCGGGACAGCAAAACAUCUUCGUUCGUGACUCAGUCCACCAAGGAAGCCUACGUGAUCUCUCUGUACAUUAACAACCCGUUACUGAUCGGCGGCAGGAAGUUCGACCUGCGCUUGUAUGUUCUGGUGUCUACGUACCGCCCGCUGCGCUGCUACAUGUAUAAACUUGGAUUUUGCCGCUUCUGCACAGUGAAAUACACCCCGAGCACCAGUGAGCUGGACAACAUGUUUGUCCAUCUGACCAAUGUCGCCAUUCAGAAACACGGGGAGGACUACAACCACAUCCACGGGGGCAAGUGGACCGUGAACAACCUGCGGCUCUACCUGGAGAGCACCCGAGGCAAGGAGGUGACCGGCAAGCUGUUCGACGAGAUCCACUGGAUCAUCGUGCAGUCCCUGAAGGCCGUGGCGCCCGUGAUGAACAACGACAAGCACUGCUUCGAGUGCUACGGCUACGACAUCAUCAUCGACGACAAGCUGAAGCCCUGGCUCAUCGAGGUAAACGCGUCCCCGUCCCUCACCUCCAGCACUGCCAACGACCGAAUCCUUAAGUACAAUCUAAUCAAUGACACCCUCAACAUCGCGGUCCCUAACGGUGAAAUUCCAGACUGUAAAUGGAACAAGUCACCCCCAAGGGAAGUCCUCGGCAAUUAUGAAAUCCUGUAUGACGAGGAGCUGGCGCAGGGCGACGGGGCUGACCGAGAGCUGAGAAGUCGGCCGGGCCAGUCGCUGGGGCCCAAAGGGAGCCGAUUGAGAGAUGCCGGGAGGACCGUCCUCACCACCUGGAAGUGACCACCGCCAAAAGCGAGACUUACAGCCCGGACCCGGUCAAAACCUGUCACCGCGCCCAACCCUUGCCGAAGACACCUAUUUUGGAAUUUCCUUUUUCUACACCUUU